CUGUGAAACUUGAAACCAUGUGCUACUACGGCAGCUACUAUGGAGGCCUGGGCUAUGGCUAUGGCUCUGGUUAUGGCUGUGGAUGUGGCAGCUACCGUGGCCUAGGCUAUGGCUAUGGCAGCUGUGGCUGUAGAGGCCUGGGCUAUGGUAGCUAUGGCUAUGGAGGCCUGGGCUAUGGUGGCUAUGGCUAUGGCUGCUGCCGCCCAUCUUGCUGUGGAAGGUAUUCUUCUUAUGGCUUCUACUGA